ACGGCUUGGGUGGAGGUCCCAAGUGUGGGGCUCCCUGGAAGAGGAUGUCUAAAGAGGAGCUGGAGAAUCAGUACUCCCCCAGCAGAUGGGUCGUCCGACUGGGAGCAGAGGAGGCCUUGAGGACCUACUCACAGAUAGGAAACGAGGCUACCAAGAGGGCCCAGGCCACCGGGAGGAACCUGCUCGAUGUCCCCUAUGGAGACGGCGAAGGGGAGAAACUGGACAUCUACUUUCCUGAGGCAGUGUCUGAAGCCUUGCCGUUCCUCGUGUUUUUUCAUGGAGGAUACUGGCAGAGCGGAAGUAAAGACUCGUCAGCCUUCAUGGUCAGCCCACUGACAGCACAGGGAGUGGCUGUGGUGAUAGUGGCUUAUGACAUUGCCCCCAAAGGCACCCUGGACCAGAUGGUAGACCAGGUGACCCAGAGCAUCGUGUUUGUCCAGAAACAGUAUCCAGGCAACCAGGGAAUUUACCUGUGUGGACACUCAGCUGGGGCCCACCUCGCCGCCAUGAUGCUCCUGGCCAACUGGACCAAGCGUGGAGUCACGCCCAACCUCAAAGGCUUCUUCCUGGUGAGUGGGAUCUAUGACCUGGAGCCUGUCAUGCACACCUCUGAGAACGCCCCUCUCCUCACAACCCUGGAGGACGCUCAAAGGAACAGCCCCCAGUGGCGCCUGAAGACAAGCCCAACGCAGCCUGUGGACCUAGCCUGCCGCGUCCUGGUGACUGUGGGCCAACACGACAGCCCCGAAUUCCACCGACAGUCCAGGGAAUUUUAUCAGACUCUGCGCCGAGGAGGGUGGAAAGCCUCCUUUGAAGAGCUCCACGACGUGGAUCACUUUGAAAUCCUUUGGAACCUAACCCAGAAGGACUACGUGCUCACCCAGCCCUGGGAUUUUAUCCUUGGGGCUAACACCUUGACUGACAGGACAGUGACAUCCACAGGUAGGACACACUUCCUCUGCCACUCCCCCCCACACACAGGGGUGUGUGUGCAGUUAGUUCCCAAGGAGCCAGCUGGGUCCACCCACCAUCCACCGCACCCCUCUCUCACCCACUCUGAAUAGCUAGCAGUUCAAGAAUGAUUGAUUAUAGCGAAAAUAGGUAAUAGCCUAAAUAUGCAUCAGUAGGGAGUAAGUACAUCUGAGCAGCCGACCAUCAUUAGAAAGGGGUCUGUGUUUAUAACUGGGGACACCUCCAAGACAUACUAUUACCUGACGAAGAGCAAGAUGCUCAGCGAUGCAAUAUCGUACCAUCUCAACAGCAUUACCUCAUACUCACAAAAUGACACGUUUCUAUGUGUGCACACGAGUGUGUGAAUGCAGAGAAAAAGUUUG